CCAGUGACGACAGCAGCAGUCCACCCCUUACCCACACUGCCCCUUUCCCCGGCCGGUCCUCCUAGUCUUCCCCGGUCCAAAUAUCGUCUCUCCGCGUCGUUAAAACGCGCCCGGACCUCAGUGCGCGAGCUCUUGGACUAUUCGCUUUAUCGAGGACGUUUGCACGACCGCGCUCGGAGCCGUUUCGACAAAACCCCGUGGGUCGUUACGAGCGUCCUCGCCCGUUGUUCGCCGUCGCCGCCCCUCGCCGACUUCGUUGUGGCCCGUCGCUGCAUGUGGUUGAGCCGGCCCGUUCAGCCCGGCAUCGUCCCCAUCGGCCUGGCCGAAGCACGCCAACCAGAGCUGGGCGGCGGGCGUGUGGAUGCGGCGCCUUCCCCGCUGUCGCGGCGCGCUCGACCCCGCCGACGACCGAAGAGGUAGCUGCCCGGACCAGCUGCCGCCGACCUGGCAGUUGAACCUUGGGGUCGCCGAGCCUCGGCUCCUUCCUGGACACGUCCCCGGGCAGUCAUCUCUUCUCCAGUAAACGCGUCAUCGAACUGGGCGGACAGACCUUCUCGAUUAUAUAUCAAGCCGUGAGCCCGGUGACGCUGGCCCCGUGGACUGGUGCGGCCGGGUGUCCCAUGCCAGCGGCUCGGCUGGCGCUGUCAUCCCGCUGAGCGGCGACGAAGACGAAGAGCACGGCCUGCAGGGGGAGCGGCGCUGAGCGGCGGUCAUGCCGGCUGCCGACCGCGGCAGCAUCGCCGCCGUGCCGCCGGGCUUCUGGACGCGGCCACGAGUGAUCAAGGCGGACGAGAUCGCACGGAAGGCAGCCGACGAGAUGCUCAGCCUGGCAGCGAGCCACUGCCGCGUGGGCUUCAUGGACAGGCCGAGCUUGCGGCCGAGCAAGGAGAGCGACAACGGCGUGGCCAUCAUCGAGCUUCCCCCGGCGGUGAUGUCCGCGCAAAGCGACCUUCCGGCGGCCGGAGACGUCGCGCUGCCGGGCAGUGGCGGCUCGAGCGAGCGACUCGACGUGAAGGACGAGGAAGAACCGGAGAAGAGCGAAAGACUGUGUGUCACGUGUGUCCAGGUCUUUCUACCUUUCCUCCUGGCUGGUAUGGGCUCCGUGGCGGCCAGCCUUCUGCUAGACCACGUCAAGGGCUGGCCCGUGUACGUGGCUUACCGGGAGCUGUUCGUGCUGGUCCCGCCCCUGCUGGGCCUCAACGGAAACCUCGAGAUGACUCUGGUGGCACGCAUGAGCACGCAGGUUAACCUUGACCGGCUCAAUACGAUAAAAAGCCAGCUUCGACAAGCAGCUGCCAACAUGGCUCUCUUACAGUGCCAGUCGACGGUGGUGGCGCUGGUGGCAUGCGGGCUGGCCCUGGCCAAAGGCUUGGCGCGUCACGGCAGCGGUAUCACCCCACUCUACGCUUGCAUGCUUUGCGCCUGCGGACUGGCCGCUGCCAAUGUGGCCAGCAUGGUGCUCGGUGCGUUCAUGACCACCGUGGUGCUGGUGGCGCGGCGGUGCGGCCUGAACCCGGACAACGUGGCGGCGCCAAUCGCCGCCUCGCUGGGCGACCUGACGACGCUCACGCUGCUCUCAACCAUCAGCUCGAGGCUGCUCAUCUGGAAAGACUCGCCCUUAAUGACUCCGGGCGUGGUGGUGCUGAGCCUUGUGCUGCUGCCCUUGUGGUUCUUCUUGGCCUUCAAGCACGAAAACACGCGCUCCGUGCUCAAGGUCGGAUGGCCGCCCAUACUGGCCGCCGUCAUGGUAUCCAGCUUCGGCGGCUACAUCCUGGACUUUUCUGUGGUCCGUUUCGAAGGCAUCGCCCUUCACCUUUCCGCUGUAAACGCCGUGGGCGGUAACCUGGCGGCCAUCUACUGCUGCCGACUGUCGACGUUCCUGAGCCGGCGCGUGGACCUGGGCGUGCUGCCGCCCGAGGACGCGUCCCGCUGUGCCAACCCGCUGGUGCUGUUCGCCGGUGCCUCCGAGGUGGGCCGUGUGGCGCGCAUCCUGCUGCUGGUGGUCAUCCCGGGCCAGCUCAUCUUCCUCACCGCCACAGACUUGCUGCGAUACGGCACGUUCAACGUGACACCCCUGUUCGGAUGUCUCUACGUACUCGUCGCACUCGUGCAGGUGGCCAUCCUGUUGUUCCUGUCCCGCUCGCUGGUCUACUGGCUGUGGUGGUGGCGCGUGGACCCGGACAACGCGGCCAUCCCCUUCAUCACGGCCGCUGGGGACUUCACCGGCACGGGGUUGCUGACCGUCGCCUUCUUUGCCCUGGAGUCCGUCGGGGACCCCGCCGUCGCCGGUUGACGGCCCGCUGGGCGGGCUGGCUGGCACCACACGUCGCUUGUACUCGGCACCCGAGACCGGCUUAGCCGCAGCGAGGCACUCAUGGCUGCACACGGCCGCAGAAGACGCUCGCCGGUCUCCCUUCCGUCCUUACAUAUGAGACAGCGAACCGCCGCUGUCGGAACGAACCCUGCGCCCUGGAGGGUCCUCCCACCGUCCUUAAGCUCAAGGCACCGAGAGAAGCUAGUCGACGUAGCUUGCCCGCCAGGGCUGCACCUGUCCACGACAUGCCGGCCCUGGGAUGGGAACGCAAGGUCACCUCACGAAAGCAGGAGCUGGGCGUCUCCGGGUUUUCAGUUCCUUUUCUUGAUGACUCCGAACAGCGCAAUAAAUAAGUGUCCACAGCA